AUGAACACCAGAAGGCGAAUGUCACGACCAAGUCGAUUCCUUGAGGAUCUCCCCGAGGAUGGCGUUAUUACUAAUUGGACCGUUGCAAAAAAUCGACGUCGGAUCAUCACAGCGGAAUCACGACAACCCCCUGAAAGCCGAGCCCAACCACCAAACUUUUCUGAGUCCUCAAUUCGCGAAGCACGUUCACGGCACCCUUUACAAAUACGAGCCCCUCCACCGCCCUCUGUGGAGUUCUCGAGUAUAGUUCCUUCAUCGAACCGUCCUGAGUCCCCGUCUACCUGGGACAACCCAACACCCUUUGAUGAUGAAAACGAAAAUAGUUCGGUACCCCAUCAUGUUCCUGCUCCUCCGGCGCGCAUCGACUCGGGCAAAUAUUUCAAUGCACAAAGAGAAUCAAGACGGCAACGCAUUUCCUCUGCCAUGCAAGACAUCUGGCUCGAGGUCAAAUCACGAAUGAUGGGGGAUAGCAAACUGGAAAGGGAGACUAGGAAAGUGCAAGCGGCGAAAAGGCGCGAUAGUCUUGCAAAUACGAGGAAGAUCGAUGCAGGGCUGGCGAGCCAAAUAAAGACUCAUAGGGAGAAGCAAGAAAGGCUAAAGAUUGAUGCGCUAACGAAAGCAAAACAAAUCGAGAGUGAGAUAAAAGCAAGGGCGAAACGCAAGAGGGCCGCUGAGAAGAGGAGUAAAGAACAGGAGAAGAUGGGGCGCAAAGAGGAGAAAUUGCGUGAAAAAGAAGAGAUGAGGACUCUUAAAUGA